GGCCAAAAUACUUUUUGAUGCCUAAAAACUGGUCCCUCCGAAAGAAUAAUUAAUUUUAUGAGAUAUUAGUGCGAAAUUGCGCAAAAAGUAUACUUAUAUCGAAAUACAACAUUAUUUUCUAACGCAGAAAACAAGAUUUGACCGGAAAAAUAAGUUAUUUAUCUCAAAAUUGCAGUAACAACGUUGUAAUUUUUGGUAACGCAGUCGUUCUUAGUACAUAAUAUUGCUGUCCUUGAGCACUGUGUCAAGAUGUACUUAGCUAUUUCUCCCAAUAUUUCCUAGGUGGCGUUGAAUCUUAAAUGUCCUUAUGAAAAUGUAACAUUUGAACCUUAUAACAACGCCAAUAGAUAUUUUUUGCAUUAAAUAUUUCAUGGAAUAAAAAAAUAUUUAGUCUGUGUCCCCAACAAAGAACAACAUCGUAACUACCUUGCGUUGCUAUAUGAAAAUAAACCUUAAAGUGAGUGUUUUACAUUAUAUUUCACUUCAUUUGCUUCGACUUAUUGUAACUAUUAGAACGAGUGAUAGCAACUGCGCGGGGGGGAGACCGCUAGCCGGAUCAGUCGCGUCACAGUCGUUGAGAGAGGUGCGUGUGUUUAUUGCGUGGCCGCUGAGUUACCGCUGUCGAAAGAAAGAAGCUUCUGCACUAAAUGGCGUUAACGAACGCAGAAAAGCAACGUCGUUAUAGGCUUAAAUUAAAGUCAGACCCUAUAAAAAAUGCUGAAGCCAAAAAAAAACAUCUUGAAAGGUACCACGCAAAUAAAAAACUUGUAAAAGAUAUGACAGAGCGUGAACACAGAAAUAUCAAGCGUAAAUGGAAGACUGCGAACAAGAAACGACGAGAACGUCAAAAGUGUGCUCAACAAAUUAUGAACAUUACACCGGCGUCCAGCCCACGGUCAGGAACUCCAGUUUCACCAAGAUCUAGAGGCCGAAGACAAAUACAAAGAGAUCGCUCUGCAGUUUAUAGAAAAAAAUUGAAAAUUCUGGAAGAACUCGAAAAUAUGAAACGGCUGUGCAAUAAAUACAAAAAGAGAUACCAACGAGCUAAAACUACAAUCAAAGACACGAAAAAGGUAAAUAAGCUUUACCAAAACAAGUAUUUAACGCUAUCUAAUGCAAUCAAAGACCAUUACAAAAGUUUGAAGUCAGUGAGAGAGAAGAAAGCCUUAAAACGAAUUUUCCAAGGAGAAUGCAUAGCCAAGUCUAAAAUGAAGAUAAGUCUUAUACGCGAGACUUUGGGCAUUGAUCAGAUGAAAGUGAUGAAACGACAGAAUAACCCUUUAGGGAAAAAGCAUCUGGUUGAUAAUAUUAAAAGCUUUUUUGACCGUGAUGAUGUUUCUAGAGCUACGGCGGGUAAACGGGAAACUGUCACCUUUAAAAAAAUAAAACUGCAGAAGCGUACGUUACUGGACACGAUGAAAGGCCUAUUUCGGUCAUUCAAAAAAGAAAACCCAGAACUGAGAUGUUCUUAUUCAUAUUUCAUAAAAAAUAGGCCUUUUUACGUAAAACCGCCUUCAGUUGCUGGAAAAGAGACUUGCCUAUGCAAGACACAUACAAAUGCGCAGUAUAUUAUAGAUGCUCUUCACAAAACAAGAGUCCUUGCCACCUCAAGCAUGAACGAACUUAUCGCUAGCACAGUAUGCUCGACAUAUAACAAAGCUUGUAUGACUGGCAAUUGUAAAGAUUGUAAGACAAAAGAAAUUCUUUUCAGGGAAACAACAGGUAAUCUCGGAUUAGUGAAAUGGGCUCAUUGGAUAAGAAAAUCGGAAAUGAUUGAAAAAUCAGGCAAAAAAGUAAAGGUUACUAAAAAUGUAAAAGAAAUAGCUGAAGGAACAGUUGAAGAAUUGAUAGGACACUUAAAGCGAACUUUGAUACAGUUAAAGAAACAUAUUUACAACAUUAAAAUACAGUACAAGAGUUACCGGGAUGCUAUAGAUAAUUUGAAUAAUAACGAAGUCGUUCUGCAUGUCGACUUUAGCGAAAACUAUAACUGUAAGCAUUUUGAAGAGGUGCAGUCCCACCAUUUUGGCGGAUCAAGAAAGCAAGUAACAUUACAUACAGGAGUUAUGUACACAAAACCUGAAGGACAUAAGAAGCCAACUGUAAAUUCAUUUUGUACCAUUUCUGCGAAUAAUUCCCAUAACCCUGCCUCCAUUUGGGCACACCUACAUCCAAUUAUUCGCGAAAUACAACACAACAACCGUCAUAUAACUACAAUUCACUUUUUCUCCGAUGGACCAACUACUCAAUACCGGCAGAAGCAAAAUUUUUAUUUCUUAAGUCACAGAAUAUUCAACGAAUACAAUUUUAUCCGCGUUACAUGGAAUUUCUUUGAAGCAGGUCACGGAAAAGGGGCUGCUGAUGGCGUUGGUGGCUACCUCAAACGCACCGCAGAUGAAAAAGUAGCUGCUGGUUCCGAUAUUUCUGAUGCUGAAGCUUUUUAUUACACUUUGAAGGACUUGAGCAAGGUUCGAAUGUACUUACUGACUGAAAGCGACAUUCAAAUUGUUGAAAAAGCACUACCUAAAAACCUAGUGCCGCUCCAGGGUACUAUGCAAGUACAUCAAGUGUUUACUGACUCUCCCGGUGAACUUCAAUACAGAGACCUCAGUUGCUUUUGCGAAAGGGGUUUUUGCCGUUGCAUGAAUCCAAAAACAUAUCAGCCUGUUUCUGUUCCUGUCAUUGAUACACUUAGAGAAGAUAUUCUUUCGUUUGAAUUGGAUGAGGAAUCAGUCCUAGAUGACAUUUCUAAUGUCGUUGCCGUACCUAGAAGAUCAUUUUAUAAUACGGUUUAUUCCUCAUCUUCUAACUCUGAAGACGAACCUUUAGCAAGCAUUAGCCGACCAUCGGUUUCUAAUAUAAACGAAAUGCAGCUAAUUGAAAAGGAAAAUGUUCAUCCUUCUAAGAUAUCUGACGGUGUCCAUGUUUUAAUAAAAGUGUCUUCUGUCAAAGACAAACACUACACUUACCUCGGCGUUGCUAAAAGUGAAGUCGAUGAAGAAGGAGACGUAAAAAUUAUGUUUUACAAGAUGGUAGAUAAAACUGGCAAAAGAUUCAAAGCAGUGGAGACUGAUAUUUCUUAUGAGCCUUACGAUAAUAUCUUGGAAAUUGUUCCUAACCCUAAAGUUGUCGUAAAAGGUAAAAGGGUAUUUUCAUUACGAUGA